AUGUUGACACCUUCAAGGCCAAGCCCUCGCGAUUCAGGUCCCCCUAGGCGGCCACUCAACGGAGGUGAAUCUCAGCCAGAUUUCCACCCGGCUCGUGGCGAGCGGUCUGCAUCACUUCCCGAGCUACACGAAUAUGCCCAAGUGUCUGCAGUGGAAUUGACAGAUCAGCUUUUCCAUAUGCAUGACCAAGGAGCUGAAGUGUCACCGGCUACUCAUAGCGAUACAUCUGCUUUGCCUGGUGGAGCCUUUCUGAGCAGUCGAACCUCUAGUGGCGGGAAAAAUGGAGAACACACUAGCCUUGCUGCGCACUUUCCUGGCUUAGACCUUCCAUCCCGCCCAGUCUGCGAUUUUCUGCUCGAUUCUUACUGGAGAUCGGUACAUUGGUUCAUGAUGAUCUUCCACGAUCCGUCAUUCAAACAGGAAUACAGACAAAUUCUUGACAAUCAAUUUGUGACCUCUCGGCAGGAAGGCACGGCAGUCUUGAUACUGAUGGUCCUUGCGAUGGGUGCCAGAUACGCUCCUGACGAACAGAGCUCGAAAAUUGGGUUGUCAAGGUCUGAGCUGUUAUCGUUACAGGAAAAAAUGCUUAACCAAGUUCGAUCGCACUUUUUUGAUGUGUUAGACACUGGUGGGGUGGAGUGUGUGCAACUGUGCAUCUUGCUCAGCACGUAUUAUCUGUAUAACGGAAAACCGAACCUCGCAAUGCCAAUACUGGGCGCAGGGGUAAGAAGUGCCCAAGCACAAGGACUACAUAAAGAGAAUCUAUGGGGUCCUGCAACUGAAUUCGUUUUCGAGGUCCGCAAGAGGACAUGGUGGGCUCUAUACGUUCUCGACAGAUUUGCCUCGAUUACAUAUGGUCGACCCCCGUUAAUCAAUGAUACUCAUUGUGCCGUGAGUAUGCCGCGAGACAUAGACGACUGCUUGGCAGUACACCCGUUAUUGAGCUCUACCCGGGAACGUGCUGCUCACUCGCCUAGUCCAGCUACGCUAGGUGCUUAUCAGCGGCACAAAUUUGAACUCUACACCAUUGCCGGUCCCAUCAUUGGCAUUAUAUACGAUCUCAACGAAUCAAAUUGGCGGAUUGUGGUUGAUCUGGCUUCUCAAAUCAACACCAAGCUGGUCGAAUGGUUUGACAGACUGCCUAUGGAACUGAAGCUUGAGAGCCAUGUUGAUAUAGACAUGUCAGGCUUGACUGGACCCGAAGUUGAGGUCUGUCAGCUGUUUCACCUCCAGGCGUUGGUUCUUCAGUUGGCGUAUGAUAACAUUCAGAUUAUCUUGCAUCGCCCAUUUCUUCGAUAUGAUCACCGCCUCAUCUUGUCCCCCGGCUCACACUCAUCGGAUGCGCGACCGACCAGUUUCGAACAAUGCAAGCAUUGCGCUCGGCGCACGUGUAGCAUAUUGCCACGGCAUACUGAGGUUCUUCUUGCAGCCCAGAACACCCAUGCUGCAGCAUACAUUGCGAUCCAGAAUUUCACCGCUGGUGUAACUUUGGGCAUGGUGGCUCUUUCCGACCCCGGAUCGGAACAAGCAUUGGAUGCUAAAAGAGGUGUCGCAAAUUCCAUCUCGCUGCAACGAACGCUGGCAAGAUCAUCUGUUGUCCCAUCACAGACGGUCAUGGUUUUGGAAGGGUUGUUCCAGUUGAUUUUUAAACGUGAAAUGCAGACUUUACUCGGGGACUCACAUCUUGAAAUAUCCACUCCAAGGCUGAGCGAUAGGCUACCGACUGGAAAGACUGGUCGUGAAACAUAUCGAGGCCCUAAGCACCAUAACUCGUGUAAGAACGGUCCUUUCAACCAGGGCUCCGUGAAUCAAGGUCAAGAGACCACGGUGCCUUUGUCAAGGAACAUAAGUUCCCAAAAUGACUCUCACAGUUCCCCCGAAAUGGACGCUAUGGUCAACUCCGAUUUAGGGCAGGAUGCUGCUGGUUUAACCUUUUACUCCGCCAUUGAUGAGGCACUAGAGUCGGUACAGCAAGUCCUAUGGGAGAACUCCGAUCCAAUUGCUUACACAGGCGGUUAUGCUUCGCCUACCGGCCCGCACUUCGACGCUUUUUCCAGACAGCGGCUUCCAGCAACUGAGUCCACAGAACUGAACAAUCUAUUGCCUUCUACAGGCCCGAUGACUUCAAUGGCCGACCCCGCCAGUCAGGGACUCAAUAGCCUUAACAACUCGCUGAUUGGUCAAGGCUGGGUAUGGAACCCGACCGAUUUCUUUUAA